AUGGCUCCAGAUCCGCUGCCUUUAGCAACGCCCUCGCCACAUCCCCUUUCCUACACCCACCCCUCUUGCGCCCCUCACUCUCCCCACUCUCCCCACUUUAUGCCUCCUCAACUCACCUGGGAUGACCCUACAUGCUCCUGUUCUUGCUCCUGCUUCCUCCGCCAUGCACCACCUGCUGCCUCGCUGCCCACCCACAAGCAGCAAAAGCAGCAGCAGCAUCAGCAGCAGCAGCAGCAGCAGCAGCAGCAGCAGCAGCAGCAGCAGCAGCAGCAGCAGCAGCAGCAGCAGCAGCAGCAGCAGCAGCAGCAGCAGCAGCAGCAGCAGCAGCAGCAGCACGCGCAAUGCAACCAGCGGCAAGAGCCGCACAUGCUUCCCACCGCUGCAGGUAACACCUGCUCCCUCCCCCUGCCUCUCUACCCGCAUGCCAGUCCGUUCUCUUCACCGCAUCCAAAACAGCACGUUCGGACUCGAAAGCGUGCACACGCUCAGGCAGGGCGGCGGGAUGAUCAUUCACGUACGGAUUAUGCAGUAGCGGCAGAGGCAGGAGGAACAGAUGCAGUGGGCUCAGGAGCAUGUGACAUGUGGAGUGCGCUUGAGACAUGGGCAGUAGUCAAGCGUUUCCGGCUCGCCUCCCUGUCGUCUCCCAGAGUGGCAGGAAGGCUUUACUCUCACAGCAGUAGCGGCAGCAGCAGCGGUGGGGAGUCAGCCGGCAACACAUCGCUCCAUACCUCCCCGCUCUACCAUUUUUCCGCUGCUGCUGAACCCUCCACUCACGCUGCUCCUGCCGCCGCCUUCCGCCCUCCCUUCGCCACUGCCGCUGCCGGCGCCCCGCUUUCCUGGCCCAGGGCGCAUGGGCGGCCGCUGAGAUCUCUUCCUCUUACUGCUGCUGCUCCUGCGCUGCCCGCACGCCUUGCUGGGGGGAGGGCUCUUGGGGCGUUUGAAUCAGGUGCUUCUCACAAUGUGCAGAGGGGCCUGGGAGGGCAUUAUGCGCGGUGGACGUGGGAGGAGGGGGCGAAUGAGAGGGAGCACGAGCGGCAGAAUUACUUUCGGGAGAUGGAGAGGCGUGCGAGGGAGUGGGAGGAGGUGGCUAGGAGAGGGAGGGAGGGAGGGGGUGAGGGGGGGAGGCAAGAGGGUGGGGAAGGGAUGGAGUGGGUGAUGGGUGCGGGCCGGCAUGAGGAGGAAGAGAAGGGAAGAGAGGAGAUCAAAGCAGAGGAAAGAAAGAGGGAUGAAGGGGAGGAAGGUGGUACAUGCACCAAAGAAGCAGCAGAAGCAGCAGCAGCAACUGCUGUAGCAGCGGAGGAGGAAGAAGAGGAGGGGGAUGCACUAGGCGAGCACGAGACUGAAACGGCAGCAGAACAAGCCGAAAAGGGACGUGGAGGAGCAGUAGGGUGGGUAUGGGAGGGCGGGUUGGAAGCUGAGGCGGGUGCGGGCGAUGUGAGCAGAGAGAGUGUGCGUGGUGUUGGUGGUGUGCUUGUUGAGAUGAGAGAAGCCGAGACAGAGCUUGGCGGGCAGGAGGAGAGAAUACUAGGCUCUCCUGUCGCUCUCCGCCUCUUGCAAGUGCAUAGGGAGCAGAGGGAGGAGGAGGAGGAGGGUGCAGGUCGGCGGGCAGAAGAGGGGGCGGUGGGUGGGCGUGGGGUAGCAGUGAGUGGGAAUGAAGGCACGCAAAUCGGUGGUGGGGAAUGGGCAAUGGGGGAGGAGCAAGGCGGAUGUGGUGGUACGCGUAGUGAGAAGGGCUUAGCAGGGGGGUUGGUGAGGGACAGGAGAGAGGAAACCGGGGUUCGAGUGGAGGAAAUUUUGCAGUUGAAAAGAAGGGAGGAGAGAGAAGAGCGAUGGGAGGUGGAAGGGCAGGGCAGGGAAGAUGUGGCCAGGAAGAAUAGGGGUUACUCUGAAGGCUGGCUUGGCAAAGCAGCAGCACUGGGACAAGGCAUGGUUGCAGCACUGGGAGGGUGGGGUGAGACGGCUAUGGAAGCGACACAGGAGAGAAGCGGGACAGCCGUCGACGGUGGGAGGGAGAGGGGGAAGAGGGCGAGAGGCGAGGGACAGAGGGGUGACGAGAAGGUCGCAAAAGCACAGACACGGAGAGGUGGGGCUGGUGAUAGAGAGAUGGGCAUGGGUACGCAUGGAAGCAUGCUGGCAGGAGGGAGAGUGGAGAUGGGUAGCGAGGGGGAGCAAGAGCAUGCCAGAAGGAGCCUUCACGGAGCAACGGCAGCAGCACAGGACACCAGAGGGGAGGCAGAGGCAGAGCAAGAGACGCAGGCAGUGAGUGCAGCGGGUGCUGCCCCCAGGUGUUUCACCAGCAAAAAGGGAGUUGCACUAGAUUUGCGCACAGACGCCCAGGGCCAGAGCACAGACGCCCCACCCAUGCCCCGCCCACCACUGAGUCCUCUCCCCGUGCCAUCUCCCCAUGAUCCCAGUGCUGAUCCCAGUGCUGAUCCCAGUGCUGAUCCCAGUGCUGAUCCCAGUGCUGAUCCCAGUGCUGAUCCCAGUGCUGAUCCCAGUGCUGAUCCCAGUGCUGAUCCCAGUGCUGAUCCCAGUGCUGCCCAUACCCGACCAUGUGAAACCGUUGGCCCGUCCCCAUCGUACCCACCAUGCCUGGUACCAGCACACACUCUCCACGACCUCAUGGUGAUCCGCGCGCUGCACUCCUCUCUGCUGUGCCUGCCGCGCCACUCCCUGGGCACGGCCCUGGGCAUGCGCACGAGAGAAGGGCAGCUCACGUCACUCCCUGCGAUUAUCGUGUUUGUGUCGUAUAAGGUGCACCGGCUCUGGGUGCCGGACGGCCAGAUGCUGCCACGUCAGCUUGUGGGGCCCACAGGGGUGGUGUGUGACGUCGACGUGGUAGAGUUUUGCUACACGGAUGCCCCUGCUGCUGCCACGUACGCUGCUCAGGCGUCCCCUCCCUCUUCUGCUACCCCUUCUCCUCCUCCUCCUUCCACUGCUGACCCACAUGGGGGGAUAGACAUUGCUGUCACGGCUGCUGCUGCUCUUGAUGCUGGGUCGCAGGUAGCAAGUGAGGGCACAUACGGCACGCUGACAGCGGUAGUGGUGAGCACAAGAGGCGAGCGUGCAGUGGGAGUGCUGACAAACAGACACGUGGCAGUGGACUUUAACCAGCCGCGCCAGGCUCUGCACCACCCGCUGCCGCCUAGUAGGGGCCCGGGCGUGCUGCUGGGGCUUGUGGAGCGGGCGGCUUCGUUCACUUCGGAUAGCGCGUGGUACGGCAUGUUUGCCACGCCCAACACUGGUGAGUGCGCGUGUGGGAGGGCGGAGGGGCUAGUGGUAUUCUGA